UAAAGAUAACUAUUUUUGCGACCAUUGCUGUCUAAACACACACGCACACAACCAAAACAGAAGAAGAAAAAAAUGUCGAGUGACGAAACCCUAGAAGAUGCAAAGAAGCAACAGUUAUUGGAAUCGGAUGACAAACUCUCGAACGCGAACCAGAGAGCAGAGCCAUCUCAGGAAUGGGAGACAAUGGCUCGAGCUUGGGUGUCAGCUUUCCCCGACGCUAAAGCCGUCGUUAGCGCCGGCGAAGUCGAGACUUGGAUCGGCACAAACUUAGAUUCCUUACCGGCGGAUCUCCGUCACAUGCCUCGUUCUGAGCUCGUAGAUCGUCUCCUCUCAAUCCAACAUUACAUGAGACCAACACCAUCAUCAGAUCAGAACGAGCAAAAUGUGGAAACAGAUCAACAACAUCCAGCUCGAUUUCAGAGGACGGAUCAGUGGUUACCUGUGUAUUCGUGGUUAGAGUCUUUGGAUAAUGGAGAGUUGGUUAAAUCUAAGGAUAUAUCUGAAUGGCUUGAUGCUAAUCCUGAGGUUAAACAAGAGCUUUCUUCUAGGCAUUCUCGUUAUCAUUUGACUCAUUAUGUCAAGAAAUGUCAUCUCAAGAUUCUUAAAAGGAAGGAGAAGAAGGGAUUAAUCCGGCUGAGCAGAGCAACUGCCAUGGAAGUUCACAAAGAAUUUGGCGAGAAACACCCUUCUUCACUUUCCGCUGACCCAAUGAGCAACAUUCCGAAAGACAGUGACCUCUACCGCACAAAACAGAAAGAAGCUAAGCGCAGAUUUGAGAUCUUGGUAGAGCUCGAGAAGAGACUGGCACCGCAUUUUUCAAAGCCUCGGAUAGCAAACAGAUGAACAAUCAGCCUAGCUUAUCUACCAGAUGCUGCUGGCCUUUUGGAUUACCUUUGUAAGUAUAUGUUCUCUGCUUUGGUGCUGUUUGUGAAAUUGUACGGUCAUGUAGCUGUAUCCAAAUAUAGAUGGAGUCUAGUGUGGUGGUGUAACUUCAACUUGUAAUCUUUUCCAAUGUGAACAAUAAUAGCAUAUCAAAGAAACCAAAUCCAGUGUAGAGAAUGAGAGAGCGGGAGAGAUACUCUUCAUGAGAAGUAAUGUUUUUUUCUUCAUAUAUGGAAUAUUACACACAGCCUAA